UGAAACUACUAACUACUUCUCAAAUAUUUCAAACUUUUACCGCCGUAAAUUUCUGACACCGCACGUACACCAUAUGGUGAAACUGUCAAGAAAGUCAUUGCGAAUAAAAAAAGAUCAAAUAAAAUUUUUGUAAUGAUAAAAAUAUAUCUCAGUGAUGGUUGAAAUGAAGUGGUAGGGAACUGUGAUUUUUGAGUAGGGCCUCUUGGUCGACGAGAGGAAGCCGUGCCAAGUUAAAUCUAACCAACAGAACGUCUCACAACUGUUUUAACGAUGGCGUGUAUAAGUUCAAAUCGGGUAUGUGCCCGUGUGAUUAAAGAAACAUUGUGUCAGUUUUUGAAUGCAAACAUCGAAAAUACGAUUCAACAACAAUCCCGGAGGAAGUUUCUUACUGGAUCGGUAUUCACAUCGAAUCCGCAAGCCAGAACAUUAAAUGGAUUCAGUUAUUUGACAAGGAAUUUCAAUAGUGGCAAACAGGCACUACCUCUCAUACACCCAUGCAUGCGAGGAUACAGUUCAGUUCACACUCAACAACCUGCCGGUCCAGUGCGAGAAAUUGAAUUGGAUCCAUACAUACUGUUAGACGAUGAUAUUAAAUAUGUUACACAAGACAUACGUGAUUUAAUCGAAAGUGGGACAAAUCAACCAGAAUUAGACACAAUUGCAAAAUAUUAUUUUGAUGGCCAAGGAAAGGCGUUACGGCCGAUGGUUGCCAUGUUAAUGGCUAGAGCAAUUAAUUAUCACAUACACAAAGACAACAGAGAACCAAUGAAAAGUCAAAUGCAUGUAGCUAUGAUAUCAGAGAUGAUCCAUUCAGCUAGUUUAAUACACGACGAUGUAAUUGAUCAGUCAAAUUUCCGAAGGGGAAAACCCAGCGUAAAUGUUUUAUGGAAUCACAGGAAGGUCACAAUGACCGGGGACUACAUUUUAUCAAUAGCUUCAAUAAUGAUUUCUCGUUUAAAAAACGAUGAUGUUACUUUAAUUUUAAGUCAGAUAUUAACAGAUUUAGUACAAGGAGAAUUUAUGCAGUUAGGAGCUAAAGAAACCGAAAACGAAAGAUUUGCCCAUUACCUCACAAAGACGUUCAGAAAAACAGCAUCGCUAAUCGCCAACAGUUUGAAAUCGGUUGCAAUAUUGGGUGGUGCUGAUGAGUCGAUGGCCAAUUUAGCUUUUCAAUAUGGACGCAAUGUUGGAUUAGCCUUUCAACUAGUCGAUGAUUUAUUAGAUUUUGUAUCAUCUGCCGAAGCGAUGGGCAAACCAACUGCAGCUGAUUUAAAAUUGGGAUUGGCAACAGCGCCUGUACUUUUCGCAUGUGAAAAGUUCCCCGAACUAAAUCCAAUGAUAAUGCGACGCUUCGAAGAACCAGGCGACGUUGAACGAGCCUUCGAACUUGUACAUAAAUCCCAAGGCCUAGAACAGACGCGCUUCCUAGCGCGAAAGCAUUGCAUCGAAGCCAUUCGACUGGCCCAAGAAUUGUCCGAAUCGCCGUACCAAAAGGGUUUGAUUGUGGUCAACGAUUUCGUUCUCAAUCGAAUGAAGUAAAAAGAAGAAGAAGAAAGAAUUAAGAAGAGAAUGAAAACUAAAUGGCUAAGCUAUUACGUGUGUACCAUAAACAGAAGGAGAAAAUGCAACAACAAAAAUAAACUCGUCGCCCAUUGGAAGAGGCAAUAAAAUCCGUAGUUAAAUUAUUUCGAUAAAAAAAAUAAAAAAUCAAAAAAAAA